AUGAUUUGCUCCCCUAUAUCCACAGCGGGACUCAUUCAAUGGGUGUCUGAACCAGCGUCAUCUUCUUCUACCAAUACUUUGCUGCACUCUCAAGCAGGUGGAUAUCGAAAGCUUUCUCACAAUGAAACGAAGCAUCUAUCAAACUUGGAUGAUCUAAUUCUACGAAAUGAGUUUAACACAAUGCUUUCAAAGCCUGAAAAAUUUGAUGCUUUAUCAGUCGCUCAUAUUAUUUGGAAAGUGAAACUUAAACUCUUUCAUCAUAGCCUGGAUACAACACUACUACAUGUUAUAGAGUCAUGCCCAGUUUGUUUAAAGCGAGGGUCUGAUGUAUUUACCAAACAAUACGAAGCGCUUGUGUUUUUGCAACAGCUCGCAGACAAAUUUCUGGCAAGUCAAUCAGAGCAGGAUCUGCGGCUAUUGGAAGGUGAUCUCAACAUACUAUACACAAAUUAUGUUUGGAUGUAUUAUCACUUGAAUAAUCUAGAGAAGGUAGUUGAGGCAUUCUCUAUGAUAAAAACUGAAAAGGAUGAACAAACCAUUGCAUAUUUUCUCAAUAGCUUUAUAGUGAAUUUUGAAUUUGAAACGUUUAAAAAAGCAUUUCAAAAUUUGGUUAUUGAGUCCGAUGCAAAUUUAUCAGCAGAUUUAUUUCAUUUCAUAGUUACGCGACUUUCAGAAAACAAAUGCCUUUUUGAAAUCAUAUUUCAUUGUUAUCAAGUGUGGACAAAUUCACCAAAAUGCGAAACACCAAAACCAGAGCUGGUUUGCAUCAUUCUCCGUAAGUUUUAUCAGUACGGAACUUUCAAUGAAAUCAAUAGUUUUCGGCGGAGUAUUCGCAAAAAGUAUGCAGGCAAUAAUUUGAUUCAAAGCAUCAUCCAUCAACACGAGAUUAUUAAUCGAGAGUAUUUAUCCUUCAAGAAAAACUUGACUGAAAAAGAUUACGAUAUCAUUGAGUCAUUAGUGCCAGAAAAUGCUGAAGAAAGGAAACAAGUUGGUUUGUCAUGGGCGAGUUUUAUGGCUCAUUACUCGAAUUUGGAUAACCUAAAUUACAUAAUAAGGGUUUUCAAAAAUGAUGAUGACAAGGGUCUUGCGCCAGAUCUUCUUGAGGUCUUGUUAAAAUACCAUCAAAACACAGAUCGGUUUGUUCCGCUUUUGCAUCUCAUUGAAAAUGUUUCAAAGACAAUCCCAUUUAAAGAGGAUUACCUCGCAACUAUUACUAGUUCAUUUGCAUAUUGUUAUUCACGAUUCCUUCCUGCUUUUGUGGACAGACUCAAUUCAUGGCUCGGAAACUCGAAUGCUUUUCAAAUUCAUAGAACCCUGUCACCGUUUUUUCCGUUUCAUUUGAAACAGGAGCUCAACCCGUUGCAAUAUAGGGGGUGGAGUCAAUUUGUUUAUUUUCCAGAUUUAUCACCGGAGCAGGAGCAGAAAAUACAAAGCGAAGUUAGAUUCAGAAUUGAUCGGGGCAUACCAGCAUUGCUUGACCAGGGUGUGCAGCCAGAUUUCAAACUAAUCUUGGAUGUGUUUAGAGUUGCUGAUCUUGAAGACCGAAUAUGUUUAAAGAAAGCUCUUCAGAGAACGCGACAGUAUAAUUGGAAACAUCAGAAAACUAUGGAGUUGAUUUCACUUAAACAUCCGUCAUUGACUCAGGAAUUGUUGCAAAGAUAUUUUAAAGCCAAUAAGGACCAACUCAAUGAUAGUCACAAGUUUAUGUUUAUUAGCUUACUCUUGAGAUAUGAACUCUACGAAGAAGCACAGUAUCUUCUGAACUCCAUUGACACUUUUCAUUUGAUUGACAAGAACAAGAUGUUGAAACUCAAUCAUGACUUGAGUAUAUGUCUUGGCAUGUCUGAUUUUGAGAAGAUGUUGUCCGUUUUGAGAAAUUUCGCACCAGAGGAGGUUUCUCUUAGUCCCUACUUGCUCCAAGAGUGUAUCAAAAUUGAAAAUCGAUUGAGCAUUAAACUCCGCAAAGGAUUAUCAAAAGAGCAAGUAAAGUCAACUUUUAAUGAUUCAAGUGAAAAACAGUUGGCCACAAGAUGUUUACUGGAAAUCAGAGAUCUAGUUGCAAAGAUUGAUAUGUUUUUAAAGAGGGACGAAGAAGAGGUGCCUGUGCUUAUUGAGCGUACAAUUGCGGCAUUAGAUCAGUGGAAGAAACAUAGUGCCAAUAUGACCGUAAAUACCAUGUAG